GCAGCCCACAGGCAUCACCUGUCCUCAUUCAGGUGGCCCUGAUUGGUUCACACCAACGCUGAUCUUCACUGCUCAGUCUGCAUAGACUUCAGAUAAAGGCUUGAGUCUAAGCCCGGUGUGUGGAUGUAACUGUCUGAGUCGGUCACUGACAUAGGACAGAAUGUGGACUUUUUACAUCUCAAUUGUUUUUUUGUUCGUCACACAGAUACAACAUGCCUGGUCGAAUGUGUGUCCAAUUAUAUCAAUGACAUCUACUGCGACAACGAUGACCGUGACUUGGGACCUUUAUGCCGGCAGUACAGUCUAUAAGUUAGUCCUUGAUGCAGCAGAUAAUAAUGUUGCCCCAGUAAUUACGUCAUCACCAAGCACGGACACAGAGAAGACGGUUUUUGGCUUGUUACCUGGGACGUCCUAUGAAGUUGAACUCACAGUCCUUAAUUUUCUGGGUCCAAUGUGCACAGAUACUCAAACCGCAUUCACAGUGCCUGUGGCACCUCAGUUCACCACUUCUGUAGCUGUCUCAAGCACAGCUAUAGACUUCGUAUGGUCCAGUGUGAAUGGGGCGGUGGAUUACCACGUGGUCGUGACUGAUCAUAACAAUGUCCUCAUCAACUUUGAAGAAACUGUACAAGGUCUGGAAACACAAAUAACCGGCCUUUCACCAAAAACAAAGUACGACUGCAUCGUUUACGCCUCCAACACUGCUGGAAACAGUGCCAACAGCUUUAAGAGGACAAUAUGGACGUUGACACAGCCUCCAAGUGAGCUUACGGUGGUAUCAUCUGAAGCAAAUUCAAUCGUGGUAUCAUGGCCUGCAGUAGACGGUGUCCUGUUGUAUAAAGUGUCCCUGAAGGACACAGACAACCCAGACAUUCUACCUGAGGUGGAUGACACCUCAGCUUUAUCCAAAACUUUUUCUACUCUGGAACCCUGCUCCAAUUACGAGGUGUCUGUAUCAUCCCUCAACACUUUCUUGCUGGCUGGAGAACCUGUGAUUUCUACUUACUCCACUGCAAAUAUAGUCUCUGCGGCAAACGUAAUUCACAGCUACAGUUGCUCCGACAGCACGGUGACUGUGUCUUGGGACGCUGUGACGGGGGCCAACUCGUACAGAGUCGCUGCCAGUGAUGGCACAAAUCCCGAUCUUGAAUGUACAACGGUCAGCUCCCUGACAUGUGACAUAAAUAAUCUUCUGUGUGGUCAGACAUACACGCUGACGGUGACGGCAAUUUCUGACGACUGCUCCAGCAACUCAGUUUCCUCAUUUAGUACAAUGCCCUGUACUCCAGUGUUUUCCAGCUUAGAGUAUACUUGCAACAGCGACGUCGUCGUCUUCUCAUGGGAACCAGUCAGUGACGUUCAAUACUACAUAGCCCACCAGAAGGACAACAACAACGUGGAGUCACCAUGCAUGACAGUGGACACCUCUUGUACAUUCACCAGCAUACAGUGUGGCCAGUCAUACACGUACACUGUAGUAGCCUAUUCCACGUUUGGGUGUCAAACUGAAGCUAGCAGUCCUCAGACAACUGAUGCAGGUCCUUGUCAGCCAACAAACUUUGCAAUCUCCAGUGACUGUCUGUCACUGCUCCAAGUAUCUUGGGACCUUGCUGCUGGAGCUGACUCCUAUCAUGUGGAGGCCAGUGCAAACAAUGGCCAAACCUACCAAUGCACCUCAGAGACUGAUAGCUGUGAGAUUGCUAACGUGCCAUGUGGGGAGCACUUGAGCAUGACGAUUACUUCAUUAACAGAUACCUGCAACGCCUUGCCUCUGCUGGGCAGCCCUUUUCAAACUGUUCCAUGUACCCCCACCGUGGUGUCUGCAACAAGUAGCUGCAGUCAGGACACCGCAACGGUCAGUUGGACCAAUAGCCAUGGUGCCAUCUUCUACAUUGCCAAGCUGGCAUCAGGUGGAGUGGAGACACAAAACUGCAGAGCAAUGGAAGACAGUUGCUUGUCAGAAGGCCUGGCUUGUGGACAGACUUACACAGUUACUGUGGUUGCCACAAACGCACUGUGCAACAGCAGUGACAGUGACGAAGUGACCUUCACACAACCACCAUGCACCCCCACCGACGUUGUGGCAACGCGAGAUUGUGGAACUGAAUCGGCUACAAUAGUGUGGCAAAGUCAUCAGGAAGAUAGCGAGUACACGGUGACAAUAGAUGAUGAACUAGGUUCGCUCACCUGUAACCCCACCAGUAACACCGACAACAGCUGCAGUAUUGAGUCUCUAAGCUGUGAUGUUACGUACACCGUCACUGUUACCGUUGCUGACGACACGUGUACGUUCACCUCAGCACCUGCUUCAAUGGAUUCAGUGCCCUGUGUCCCUCAAAAUGCCGGGGCCACUCAGAAUUGUGAUACUGAGGAAGUGACAAUCACCUGGGAUAACGCAGUAUUUCCUGACAGCUACACUGCCACCAUUACUGGAGGAGCUAGCCCUGUAAUGUGUACUUCUGCACAAUCACCAUGCAUUCAGUCAGGACUCCCAUGCGGAACCUCCUACGAUGUGGUUGUUGCCUCUGAGCAUACGGGAUGUUUCAGCACGGACAGUGAACCGAUAACAGUGGAAACACCACUGUGCACCAUCUCUAAUGUGGCAGCCAGUGGUGCUCUGUCUCCUGUUACUGUGUCGUGGGACAGCACUGAUGAUCUCUUUACUUAUACUGUCACUGCCACUGCCACUGAUGAUGAUCACACACACGUGUGUGUGGGUACUACGACCUGUGACAUCACUGACCUCCACUGUGGAACGGACUACACGAUUACAGUUGACGGAGCAGAUUGUUCAGCUGAAAUGAGCGGCGUCCUCAGCACAGCUCCUUGUACACCCACUGAUGUUGGGGUUUCGAUUGACUGCCAAGCGGAGUCUGCCCAGCUGUCAUGGACGGCCAGCAGCACCGCUAUAGAAUACAUAGGUGCUGCCGAGACUGACCAAGGAGACCAGCUGCACUGCACCACUGACGUGACUACCUGUACCAUAGACGGACUGACUUGUGGGACUACUUAUAGUUUCAAAGUCCUGGCCUCAGACGAUACAUAUAACAGUUCCUUCAGCGAAGAAUUGGUGAAAGGGGGAGCACUCUGCCCUCCAAGCAAUGUUCAUGUGCAGCUGGAGAUGAUGAAUUGGAUGAUCCAGGUCACAGGAUUUGGCUGGACACCGGUGUCCUGCAGUGACACUGAGUACUUGUUGACAAUAGUAGGAAACAAAUAUGGAAACACUGCUCAAAAGAUAGAGCUCAAAUCCUACUGGACAGAUGGAAACUACUUUGAAUUGAUGAUUCCGUGCAGUACAACCUAUGAGGCUACAGUGCAGAGCAGAAAAGGAAAUGUUGUCAGUGACCCCUCCACUGCUUUCAGUGGAGAGACAGCUCCUUGUUAUCCACGUCAAGCAGUAUACACCAACUCCGGAAGCAUUUCUGUUACAUGGAGUCCUGUACAACCAGCUACAACAUACACGGUGUAUGACAACAGUGUCACACCAAGGGUUGAGCUGUGCAGCAGUGUUGCCCCGCCCUGCACUGUCUCCACCGACAAUGUUGACAACAUGGUGAUCACAGCCAGCAAUGAUAUUGGGGAGAGUUAUCCACGACCCAUCCAAACUGGGACUAUCAAUUUUAUAGAUCCAUUUCUUUUAAUCGACGAAGUCAAUUCAGGAUGGAUUACUCUCAACUGGACUCCAGUGGAUAAUGCCUCAGAAUAUAAUCUAUAUUAUAGACUAGGUGACCCAACUGCUCCCCCCACAACGAUGCUAGUGGAUUGCUUGAUGAAGAAAUUCUAUUACCAGAGCCCCAGCACAGUGUACUGCUUCUCUGUGGCUGCCACUCUCCUUAGCGGACCUGGACCAGAGUCCAACAUGUUUUGUGUUGAAACAGGUCCAGUAACGAUUCCAAUAGCACCAGCAGAAUAAUAUCUGCUACAGAUUUUCCAGCUACAGCAAGACACAUCCAUACUUGUUGAUACAUUUGUAGAAAUGAUUUGUCAUGGGUUGAGGACAUAUAUUUUAAUCUAAGACUUUGUUUGCUUGCUUUUCCAAAAGGUAUAUCCACUUUAUAAAUGAUAUACUAGUGGCAAUAAAGGAAAUAUAUCAAUGUUUCAUGUGUCCAGAGAAUUAACAUCUGUCCUUUCUAUUUGAUCAUUUUCACACUACACACAAAACACCUGUUCAUCUAUUCUUUGCUUUUCCAAAAAAUAAAUUGUAAGUUUUUAUAGCAUUAAAUGUGAUGGCAUUGGAGUGGAAAUGCAUGUGUUUGUAAAAGUGUUUUUAAUAGAAAAAAAAAUGCAUCAUAGCAACAACAGAAUCACAGCACAAGCAAAGCUCAGGCAUGUGGUCAAAAAAACAAAAACAAAAAAAUAAAUUCCCUCUUUUUAAACAGCCCUGUAAAGGAUUAAAACAUUUUGAGGCCAAGUACACACAAUCACUGACAGACAGACCUGACAGUGUUGGGCCACUAAGCUAUAGUAUGGAUUUGGAUCUGUGUAUACUGUUCAAAAAAUGUCUAAUUCGACGUCAACAGAUAAAGGUGGUCAGAUAUACAGACAAUACAAUCCAAUUCCACUCAGGCUCAGUAAAAAGGGACAAUUUUCCAGCCUAAACAACAGCUUUAACCGAAACGUCAAUGUUGGAUUAGAAUCCAUUUUACAUAUGGACUACAGCCAAAGCAGUCAUCAA